AUGUCAUUUGUUCGUGCUGCGUCGCGGCGAUUGCCGCUGGCGAAGAGGCUGGUUUCCGCGGUUGAGUCACCGCUGCAGCGCCGGUAUGUCUCUGCGACUUCCAAAGCUCAGGGCGCCGUCAUUACACCCGAUCCCGGAGCCGACUCCGUCUCAGCAGCUUUCGUCAAUGAGCGCGCGCCGUACCUCGUUCCUACCUACGUUCGUCCGGCCCCAAUCAUGGUCAAGGGACAGGGAUGUUACCUGUGGGACAUGGAAAACAGGCGGUACCUUGAUCUCACGGCAGGUAUUGCAGUAAACUCGCUUGGUCAUUGCGACCCCGAGAUCUCGAAGAUCAUCGCCGAGCAGGCCGAAACCCUCCUCCACGCCUCCAACCUGUACCACAACGCCUGGGUCGGCGCUCUCAGCAAAGACCUAAUCACCCUCACCCGCGAAUCCGGCGCCAUGCGCGAUGCAGCCCAAGUCUUCAUCGCCAACUCCGGCACCGAAGCCAACGAGGCCGCCAUCAAGUUCGCCCGCAAAACCGGACGUGCCCGCGACCCCUCCGGCGCAAAGCACGAGAUUGUCUCUUUCCAAGGCUCCUUCCACGGCCGUACAAUGGGCGCCCUCUCCGCUACCCCGAACCCGAAGUACCAGACCCCCUUCUCGCCCAUGCUCCCCGGCUUCAAGUACGGCAACUACAACGACGUCGCCCAACUGCAAGACCUCAUCACAGACAAGACCUGCGGUGUGAUCGUCGAGCCCAUUCAAGGCGAAGGCGGCGUCAACGUCGCAACCCCCGAGUUCCUCGUCGCUCUCCGCAAGCGCUGUGACGAGGUCGGCGCCGUCCUGAUCUUCGACGAGAUCCAAUGCGGCCUCUCCCGCACUGGCAGCUUCUGGGCCCACGCCCACCCCUCUCUCGCCCCCGCCAACGGCGAGCCCGCACACCCAGACAUCCUCACCACCGCCAAAGCCCUCGGCAACGGCAUCCCCAUCGGCGCAACCAUCGUCUCCGGCAAGACCGUCGCAGAGAACAUCAAAGCCGGCGACCACGGCACCACCUUCGGCGGUAACCCUCUCGCCUGCCGCGUCGCCCACCACAUCAUCCACCGCCUCGCCUCGCCCGAGCUUCAGAAAUCCGUCCAAGACAAGUCCGCCAUUCUCGUCGCGGGCUUCCAGGCCCUGCAGCAGAAGUAUCCAGCCCUCAUCUCUGAGAUCCGCGGACGUGGUCUUAUCCUUGGUCUCCAGCUCUCGAAGGACUUCUCGCCCAAGGCUGGUGAGAUCAUCACUGCCGCUCGGGAACGCGGUAUGCUCAUUAUUACUGCUGGUGAGGGGUGCCUGCGGUUCGUUCCGCCUUUGACAGUGACGGAGGAUCAGCUGAAGACUGCCCUGCGGAUUCUUGAGCAGGCCUUCGAGGCGGUUCAGGCUUAG